AUGGUUGAAUCCACGAAAACUCCGGACUUGGAGACUUCCACAAUCUCACCCGCAAGAUCUCCCAAUACCAGUGCUUCCGAUCUUCCUGUCAGUAUGCAGGAGAAGCCUGCCGCCGCAGAUGCCGUCGUCGAAGCAAAAAUCGAAUUCAAACCAAGCACAACCUUCAUCCUUGCUUUCUCCUCCAUAUGUCUCAUCACUCUCGCCGCCGCACUUGAUGCCACCUCUCUCAGUAUCGCCCUGCCAAUCAUCACCGCGAAACUAAAAGGAUCAGCUAUUGAAGCCUUUUGGUCUGGCACAUCGUUUUUACUCACUUCUGCGGUAUCUCAGCCUGUUAUCGCGGGGUUAAGCCAUGUUUUUGGCAGAAAGGAAUUAUUACUUGGUUCGGCUAUAUUAUUUGGUAUCGGGAGUAUCUUGGCGGCUGUGGCAAAGAAUUUUACUUUGAUGCUGGUGGGUAGAAGUGUUCAAGGCAUUGGAGGAGGAGGAAUCUUGUCUCUGGGUGAGAUUCUCAUCACAGAUUUGGUUCCUCUUUCUGUUAGAGGUGCUUAUUUUGGUUAUAUGGGUAGUAUUUGGGCUAUCGGAAGUGUUGGUGGUCCAUUGAUGGGUGGUGCUUUCGCAGAAAAUGUCUCUUGGAGAUGGAUCUUCUGGAUCAAUAUUCCCAUCAUUGUCUCCGGAGCAAUCGCAAUUAUUCUAUUCCUGAAAAUCACACGUACGCCAGGAAAUCUAUUAGCCAAAGUCGAAAGAUUCGAUUGGUUUGGUUCCGUCAUCUUUAUUUCUUCAACAAUAUCUUUCUUGAUUCCUAUUACAUGGGGCGGUGUAAUGUACGCUUGGGAUUCGUGGAGAGUACUCUUCCCUCUCCUAAUUGGCGUCGUAGGUUUAAUUGGUUUCUCCUUUUAUGAAAAAAGACUCUCCGAUCGUGCAUUCGAUUCCGAAGGCGAACUCCUACCGGGAGAUAAUAUCCAGCCCAUAAUUCGUUUCAGUAUCUUCGGUACAUGGUCAGCGAUUUCCAUAUACUUUCAAACAAUGAUGCACGGAAUGGUUCUUUGGUCUUUGCUGUAUUAUCUUCCCUUGUAUUAUGAGGCUGUUCAGGGAUAUACACCCAUCAUCUCUGGUGUAGCCAUCUUACCCGAAACUAGUUUCGUUGCUCCCAUGUCAAUAGUAGUCGGUGUCCUUGUUGCCAAAACAGGUCGCUACAGAUGGGCACUCUGGUCCGGUUGGUCUCUCGCAACUUUCGGUUCAGGACUUCUCUAUCUCCUCAAGCCAUCAACUUCAAUUGUGCAAUGGGUAUUCCUCAAUGUUCCCAUCGCAAUCGGUACGGGAAUGUUAUUCCCAGCCAUGUCACUUGGGAAUCAAGCCGCUUCCCGUCCUCAGGAUGCAGGCCACGCAGCUGCUUUCUACUCGUUUGAUCGUGUGUUCGGUCAAGCGAUUGGUGUUGCCAUCGGGGGUGUUGUGUUUCAAAAUCAAAUCAAGGAGAAACUUCUCGCCUAUCCACUUCUUGCUAGCAUGGCAACAGAAUACAGUAAGGAUGCAACGGCAUUGGUGCAAUUGAUUCAGAAUAUGGACGACGGAUUGGAAAAGACUCAGUUGAAGGGGGCGUACGCGGAUAGUUUAAAAAUGAUUUGGAUUGUCAUGUGUGCAUUGUCUGGAGCGGCGCUGGUGUCGAGUUUAUUUGUCAGAGGAUAUAGUUUGGAGGUGGAGCAUAAGACGUUGCAGGGGUUGAAGGAGGAGAAGAAGGGGGAUAUGGAGGCGGUGGGGAAGAAAUAA